AUGUGGCUGGCAGCUUUAAUUAAGAGAAUAUGGGUGUGCGUCUCUGAUCCCUUUGAUGAGAUAAGAGUUGCAAAGGCAAUCCUUGAAUCUCUUAAGGGGUCUGCUCCAGAUGUAGUUGAACUGCAGAAUAUACUGGAACAGAUUGAACGAUACAUUAAGGGGAAAAGGUUCUUACUUGUUCUGGAUGAUUUGUGGUCGGAAGAAUCUCAAAAGUGGGAGCAACUGAAAUAUACUCUCCUAUGUGGGUCGCCAGGAAGUAGAAUUUUGGCAACCACACGUAAGAAGAAUGUUGCGAAGAUCAUAGGAUGCUCCGAGUCUGAUAUGUUCUCACUAGGACAAUUGUCCGAGGAAGAAUGUUGGUCAUUGGAAAUUGUAGCCAAGUGCAAAGGUCUGCAUCUUGCUGCAAAGACUAUAGGAUCUCUAUGCUCUGGCAAAUCUAGAGGAGAGUUGCAGAGUAUCUUAGAGAGUGAGGUGUGGGAACUAGAAGAAGCUGAAGUAGAUCUGUUUCCCCAUCUAUGGCUGAGCUAUUAUGAUUUGCCUUCGGCAUUGAGACAGUGUUUCUCUUACUGUACCGCCUUUCCAAAAGACUAUAGAUUGGAAAUGAUUCAAUCAUGGAUGGCUCAAGGUUAUCUUAGGGAAAAAAGGACAGAAGACAUGGAGAAAAUUGGGGAGAAGUAUUUCCAAGAGUUAGCCAUGCAUGGUAGCAUUGUAGCUUGUCAUAUGCAUGAUAUAGUCCAUGAUUUUGCCCAAUUUAUUAUAAAGAAUGAAUGUUUUGUAUUGGAGGCUAAUGAUUCUGAAGACGCAAGCAUAAAUCCUUUUCCUAAAGGAGCGCGCCACUCGAGAAUAGUGCUGGGAGAUGUUCCUCCACUCUCUUUGAAUGGUUUAAAGAGAUUGCACAGCCUUGAGGUUCAAUGCAGUGGCACUACCGUACCACCUUCUCCAAAAAGUAAAGCGAAGGGCACUGAAUUUGACAAUAAAGCGCUGCAAAUUUCUGACAUCACGAUAGCAACAAGAUAUCUCUGA